AUGGCCCUCAUUACCGGGUGAGGGUUCUGGUGGCUGCCAUUUGGCAUACGCCAUUCAAGAUGCCUGGAACACAUCACUGAUCCCACCCUACGUCUGUGCUUUCCUUUGUUCUCUUUUCCUGGUUGUGCCCUUCACUUCAGUUCUCCCCUGCACUGUGCAGUUUCAUACCAGGACCAUGCCUACAGAUCCAUUCACGGAGCUCUGGGAAGGGAAGAAGAUCUCUUGGAAGAAACUCCUCACCUUCCUCCUCUUCAGCUUCAUCUUCAGCUUCUGCCUCUUCGCUUCUCUUCGUCAGUUCAGGACUAACGAGCCAGAGGAUUACAAUUCCUAUCUUCCCACAGAAAGAUCCCAAACUGGAAGUACCUGCGCGCCGCCGAAGAGUGAGCGCAGGCUGACCAUCCUGCUGUGGACGUGGCCCUUCGGACACCGCUUCACUUUUAGCAACUGCUCGGAGCUCUUUGACACCCCGGACUGCCACUUCACCACCAACCGCAGCUGGUCCCAAAAGGCAGAUGCUGUGAUUAUGCAUCACAGGGAUGUGUAUGGGGACGGAGAGAGGCUGGCCCGGCUCCCCAGGCUCCCAUCCCAGCGCUGGAUCUGGUUCAACAUGGAGUCCCCGAGUCACUCUCCAAACUUAGGUGCCAUGAACCACCUCUUCAACCUGACUAUGUCGUACCGGAGAGACUCGGACAUCUUCACCCCCUAUGGGGAGCUGCAGCUGCUCAGCCAGCCCCAGCCCUUCAGCAUCCCACCCAAGACCAAGAUGGUGGCCUGGGUGGUCAGCAACUGGAGACCAGGCUCCCACCGGGUGAAGUACUACGAGGAGCUGAAGAAACACAUCCCCGUGGAUGUGUACGGACGGCAUCACUUGCCCCUGUCCAUGGACAUGCUCCACCAAACUGUGUCCCAGUACAACUUCUACUUGGCUUUCGAGAACUCACAGCACGAAGACUACAUCACUGAGAAGCUCUGGAGGAAUGCCCUGUCCUCCGGCACCAUCCCCGUUGUUCUGGGGCCGCCUCGAGAAAACUACGAGCACUUCUUGCCCCCUGACUCCUUCAUCCACGUCGAUGACUUUGCCAGCGCCGGUGAACUGGCUCAGUACCUGCAGGAACUGAGCAGGGACACCGAGAGGUACCAGCGCUACUUCCAGUGGCGCAAGUGGCUGAAACCUGUGCUGGGGAUCGGCUGGGCCAUGCAAGUCUGCAGAGCCUGUCACUUCCUGCAGAGGACAGAGGCCAGCUACCACGUUGUGCCCAAUCUGUCCAAGUGGUUUGUAUAACAGCUGUUUGCCCAGCUCUCUGCUGCGUCGUGAUCUUUUUGUCCUCACUGGAUGGUUGCAGUUUUGAAGGCUGCUUGGACGUGAUAGAGCCGGAAGGACGAGAGGAGCUUUGAAAAGCAGUGAUGAGGAAGCGUUUUGGUGUUGGGUGUGCCUUUGUCUUACUAGAGAGUAGACUGCCAGGUAGAGUAGGACAUUGUAUUUUGCCAAUGCAUUCGGUAUAUCUGAACCACAUGUUGCGCUGGUGCCGCUCAGUCUUUGGAGAAGCUCAGAGCAAAAUGCUCUUUUUUUUUUUUUUUUAACCUUCCAGUCUCUGAAAACAGUUCUGGAUGGACUCCACUGACUGAAAGGCAGAAGCAAGGGGUAGAGAGGGGAAGGUGGAGAAGCAAUUUAUACAGUCAUAAAUCUGUUUCAAGGAUUUUGUACUGUGCAAGGCUACAGCUGGAAGGGGCGGCCAUGCUGUGCAGCUGCUGCUGAUGCAGGAGGAGCGGCUGUGCUCCUCCCUCCUGACCUCUCUUUGCCUCAGGCUCUGCCUUUGGGGUGCUGCAUCAGGAUGCUAAGCAGGCAGGAGGCUGCAGUCUUUAUUUUACAAGUCUGUCUUUUGGAGAGCUUAGCGAGACAGCGUGAGUCUGGGGAAGGAUCUGACAGGGGCACACUGGUGUGGGUAAGGAGUGGAGUGACACUGAUGGGCCCUGAACGCGCCGUGAAGUUUUCACACGAGCAGCACCCGAUGGCAAGGAAAUGCUGAGCACGGCUGUGUGAUGGGCUGCCUCCUCCUGUGUGCCCAAACAUCCCAACUUCUGCCAUCAGCUGAUGGCCGCGCUCCAGGCCAUGCAUUACAAACACUUUUUUGUGUUUGACCUUUAUUGAACUUCCUGCUGCUGUCCAGGUCACGCUACUGGAAAGUUUACUUUCCGACUGGGGAGACCCAUUGCAUGGAGAUAAGGGACACAGCCCAGGCUCCCUGCUGCCACCUCCGGACGUCCAGCUUGUCUUCCUGGCUGCUGCUGAGCCCUGAGCGGAGGUUUCCAAAGGUCUGUUGUAGCCCCAGGAUGUUUCCACGAGGAAAGUCAGCUCCAAGUCCAGCGAUGCAUAUAGAGACACAUUGUUUUCUCCAUCAGCACCGUUUAGUAAAGAUUUCCAAAGAAUUCCCUCUUCAUUUCCUUGCACAGUCAUUCUGUGGCUGAUGACCCACCAGCAAAACCUUGUCUUUAGCAUUGUCAGUCUGUUCUUUCACAACCUUUGUCGCCUGUUUUUUUUCUCUCUGCUUUGCAGAUUGGUUGAAUUUACUGACCAUCACAAGCCUAAGAAUAAAUCCUCCACUCUGAAAUCUGAACUUUUAUCCCUCCUCUAUUUCCCAUCCUUCUGAUGGUACCCGUCUAAGAUGGGGCCUCACCAACACUCUUCAUUUCUUGAAGAGCCUUUGCUGGAUCUUAGCAAAGAAAUUCACACAGAGAAACAUGCCACAUCUUCCUUGGCCGUGUACUUGCUGACUGCUUCAAAGAAGAGCAAAAUAUCUGUGAAGCAACCAUCUUUAUUGCCAAAUAUUUGUCCGUGCUUCUGCCCCUGCCUUGCCUGCCUGCAGACACACACCUUUCCUUUAGCUCCUGGAUGCACUGACCUGGUGUUCUUCCCAUCUCUAAGUCCUUCAGGUCCUGAGCAGCUGGAGAAAUGUAAGAUGUUAACACUGUUGACUGAGCUGGGAUAGAUGUGAUUAGAGAGAAGUAAUAUUGCACAGGUGAGCAGUCUCUUCCUGCCAAGGAAGGGCUGGCAGGGACAUGGGAAUGCCAGGACAAAAUCCAGCACCGAACUUCCCCUUCUCAGUGCCAUGUAGGCACACACAGGCUGAAUUCCUUAUGGGAUGAGAAAGCUGACACCACAGUUGAGAAACUCUGGAAGGGGCGACUUAAUCGAAGGAAACAUCUGGAUGGCUGCGCCGCAGGGCCUGGGGCUGGUUUUUCCCAUCUGCACCCACUUGGGAAAAUGCCAUUCGUCAGUGUGAGGGGCUCCUUCAGUCCCUCACAGAGGUGAUGUGAAAAUACCCAAACCUCCCCUGCUUUCACCCAAGGGUGAUAGGAGCCAGGCUGAAAUGUUCUCAGCUGAUGCUUUUGGGCAGAGAUGGUCUGAAAAACAAAGGGGAGAGGUUUGCUUCCCCAAAAGGAGAGCAAGAGGUUGAUCCUCACGGGAAACUGGGGAAAGAAUAAUGUAAAAAAGUCGAGUUUUUGGAGCAGGGUCUAAGCAGACAGUUGCAAUCUAUGGCAGGAGGUGGUCAGCCUUCCUCGGUGCCAGCUGGCAUGGCAUGGCGUGGGGUUCUGUCCCUCCACUGGGACAUCCCUGCCCCUCAUGGCCUGGAGAAGUGCAGUGUCCCCUGACUCCAAGUAUUUCCAGCAUCCUAGAAAAUAUCUCCAUGGCCCCACUGAGCUUCCUACCCACGGAACCUCUGUUCUGUAGGGCUACCAGCAGUGGAGAGGAAAGGCAGAGCGUGAGAGAAACACAAAUCCCCAUGUAGUGCAGCACCGCAGGUGGGGAUGGGAAGAGAAAUGGCUGAGACAAACCAAAACCCUGAAAACACGGGAGAUGGAGCCCUCCGAGCUCAACAGCUUCAUCCCUGCCAGGUUUGUCCUGAGUGCAUGAAGGAACCUGAACAAACCCCAAAACUCUGCUUUCCAGCUUUCCUGAGCCUAUGGGCAGACACCCAUCCCAUUUCUCAGCUGUUUCCUUUUCUACUUAAAAACAUGAAUGCCAAAUGUCGGGGCUUUACAGCUGGCACCAGCCAGUGAACAUCCCCCACAUCCAAGCAAGCAACACACACCUCAACCCCAAGAAAUGGCACUCAAAAUCCCUUCAGCCCAGCCCAGGAGCAUGACCUGUCUGUAGGCUGUCGCCUGCAAACAUUAUUUUCUUUCUGGACGAGUCAUAGUUUCCAAGCAGCCCUCUCCAAUUUGAUGAUUAAAACCUCACUUUGUCUUUUUUUUGUUUUUCUUUUUUCUUUUUUUGCCUUUCUCUUCUAUUUUUUUCGGGCAGGCCGGCAGCGAGAUCGCAGCUUUUGGAGCACACACACCCCCACAGCCCUGCACACGCAGAGAUUUAUGAGCCUCAAAAGAUGCUUCGUAAAAUAUUUACAGAGCAGAGCUUCAGGGGCGAGUGGUUGAGUCGGCCACGAGAUGUCAGAUCUCUGGGUGGCACGACGGGGGAAGAUAAACAGACCUUUUUUUCCAUUCCUGAAAAACCACUAUAAACCUUUUUGGGUUCGACGGCGUUUUCAUCUCUUCCCUUCUGCCCACAGAAAGAGGCAGACACCUGGGGCCGAUGGGUGGUAAAGAUGGAACGAACAAGUGCUGCUUGGAUGAGUGGUUGAGGGCUGAACUUGGCUGGGAUUCCAAAUUGCAACAUUCCCCCCAAAGCAAAAUAUUAAGCACCAUCAUCAUCGUCUUAAUACGAGGAGCAAGAAAACCACAGCCAACGCUGCUGCUGACUGCGAGUUGUUUUCCCUAUAAAACUUUUCUAACCUCAGCGCUGCUUCCGGAUGAGCAAAUGAAACACGUUUCUGGCUGACCUUAUCAAAACCUCGCAUUCUCUUUUCUCCCCUUCUUUCCUUUAAAAACAUAUUUUUUUUGGAUGUGAUUUUGCCAGAAAUGCUGCAUCCCUAUGGGGCACUUCAGCUUUGAGCCAACCCAAGUGAGAGAGCCUUCACGGGGAGGGGAUGAGGACAAUUAUUUCUGUGGCCAAACCAGUACAGACUCAUACAGGCAACAACCCAGCCCUGGUAUUGUUUUAAAUCAGUGAUUUCGCAUCAGUAUAUCUUUGUGAUGAUGGAAUGACACAAACAGGGGCUGUUGGCGGAUGUACAUGGAGGUUUCUGCAGGAGAUGGGAAAAUAAAGUCAAGCUCCAUCCGCCCUUAGCCUGCAGAGAGCCGCAUGGACCCUCUCUGCUCUUCCAAGAGAAAACCCACAUUUCCCAUGCUCAUCCCCAUCCCACAUUGGGGACGUAAUGCCACACCACAAUGGCUCGCUCGGAGGCAGCAGUAAGAUGAAAACCACACAGAAAUCGACACAACCACAGAGAAAUCAAUAUAGUUCUCCUUUUAUUUUCACUUUAUCGUGAGUAUGUAACAGCAUCACACCCGAGUUUAUGUUUGUUUAAAAAAAAUAAUAUCAUACUGCAUUUUUUUUUUCCCCCUCCCAACGUU